AUGUCGUUCCUGCGACCUCCCCCAGCCGGAACCAAGCUCGUUCCAUGGGUACCAGACUUGAUCUUUAUCCCUAUCUCUAGAGCUGUUGAAAGAGUAGGAGUAUACUUCUACAACAGAGUCCUCAACAAGACCGAAGUUGGUCUCCUCAACAAGAGAUACAACAAGAACGUCCAUGGACCUUACUGCCACUGGCGUUAUUACGGAAAGCUUGACACUAAGCUUAUGGAUGUAAAGCUUGCUGAGCUUCCAGCUUGGAUGGCUCGUCGUGAGAAGACUCCAGGAGCCUUCUACAAUGAGUUGAUGCGCAACAUCUGGAGAGUCCACAAUAAGUAUUACUCCGGACCAGUCUACAGCAACACCGUCAAGACCAUUUUCCGUUUCAUUUUCGCCUACUCCUUCCUUAACUGGCUGGUUAAGUCUCACCGUUACCUUGAUUUCCAAAAGACUAUGUAUCAUUGGUAG